UUGCAUUUUCGCCUCGCUUCUUGUCGAAACAGUACAGGUGAAAAAAUAGCAAAGAGCAAAUAAAAACAUUGUCGUGUUACCUUCUGCAAGUUCAAGCUUUUUCCCCAAUCGGAAAAAUUUCUACCUUUUCUGGCUAGAAUUAUUGCACCGCAAAAGAUGGUGAUUACCCGAAAGUGAACACCGCAAACCGUGUCGAGGCCAUUCCUGAAGCGUUUGUUGCAGUUCAUGUUUCUCUGCCGGAAAUUCAACGAGAUCGAUAAAAUGUUGGGAAGACUUUCGGAGGUUCUGCAGAGUGCAGCCGAUGUGCUCGCACCGCCACCAACCGCACUCCAAGACUUUGACUACCACUACAAGCUGGUGAAGAACUUCUACGUUGCCGACAAGACAUUGCCAAAGAUUCAUAUCAACGACACAAACAUUCCCGUGCAUCUGGAGCAAAUGCUGCAGAUCUUGAUCCGAGAGGAGCAAGAAAUUACAGCUGCCCUACGCAAGGCAGAGGCCGUUGGCCCAGCCCCAUCGGAAUCCGGAGAAUCUUCCUCCAAUGGCAGCAGCAGCGAGGAGAUUCCCGUAGCCGAAUGUAUGGAGUUCGUCUUAAACAACCGGCCGCUAGACGUUCUAGUGGAGCUAGCAGCAAAUGACACCCCGCCAGGUGCCCGACUGGUCAUUUUGAACUGGAUUCGACGACUUCUGUCCUGCAUGAAGGAUCCACCUCUGGGUCACGCGAGUCUCUUUCAACCGGUGCAGAAGCUGGUCGAACUAUGCAAUGGGAACAUUGCUUCGCCAUACGAGAAGGAAGAGAUUCUAUUCCUGGAAACAGUAGCGGGGCUGGUUCGGAAGGAACCAAUCCUCGCGAACUUAUUCCUCAAAUCUCAUCACCAUUCCGCACAAAUGUUGGCCAGCUGGAAGGGACUUUCUAUCACGAAGACUCCGGUCAACAAUCCACUGUUUCAAAGCGCAAAGAUCGAUUACGACUCGAGGAGGAUUUCACUGGUAAAGGAGGAGCUGCACGGCGAGGAGAAUGGGGACAAUGCGGAAGCAUCGUCGGCCGUGGUAGUUCCCAAUCUGAAUGAGGAGAGAGUGGCCGGAGCCAAAUGUGACUGUGAUGAUGAGGAACAUUUCGUACUUUUCGAUGCUAUUGUAAGCUAUUUGGACAGCGCAGACAGUACGAUAAUUGUUCGAGCAUGUGAGGGAAUUUUGAUACUUGCGUCGCUGCCGACUUUGAACAAGUCAUGCAACGCUGUUCGGAAUAGUUUGAGUCGAUUUUGCACAACGAUUGCCGAUAGAUUGGCCGUCCACUGUCAGCAGAUUCCGGAGGAUAUGGACACCGGUGACAUCGAAGACGCUAACGUUUCUUGGGGACUCAUUCCACGAGAUAGCGAGCAGCCUCACUUCAUCGGGAGAUACCAGUUGACGUCGUUUCUUUGCUGGCUCGAUUACUGUGACUGCUUGAUGAAGGAGAGUCUUACGAUUGCUCCGGAGUUGGGGGAGUUGAUCAGAACUCAGCUUUUGAUCAGCUAUGUCGAACCGGGUUUGUUGGGCAACUAUGCCCCCUUCAUGUUGGUAUUAACAGCAAAGAUCAUUAAGAAGACGCAGUCCAGAGCAUUAUUGGAUGAAAUUGCUAACUGGCUUAUUGGAGAAGGCGAUAUCACGGAUAUUAACGGAACUGACUGUCUUCUAACCAUACUAAUCGAGAAUGCUCACGAAAAUUCUGACAUUCUCUUGCAAACCCUACAGUUCGUUGAAUCGUUACUGGAUAAUCCACAUGAGAAAAUCCUCCAUGGAAUGAUUUUCUUCUACAUAAACAACCGGGGAUAUUAUGACAGCAACACACAGACCAUUCAGUCCUGGUCUGAUGAGGAAGAUAACCGGGAACGACGAAGAGGUAGCGCCGAAGAUCCGAUUAAGUCCCGAACACUUGCUCCCAACAACAUCCUUAAAGUGAUCAAUCAUUUCCUUCUGCUGCUGCCACGGCACAUAAUGAACGAUGCGGCCGGCAUUUGCUACGAGGAAUACAUGCAGGAUGCAAGCCGUCACUACCAAACAUGGAUCAAAAAGACCCAUGGUUUUCAGUGGCCCGUGGAAGCAGUAUGGCCCGAAAGCCCCUCAAGUUCUCCAACUAGCGAAGGCGCUUCACUGGAAACUCUUCCCACAGCCAAGCCCAAAACCAAAUCCAAAUCCGACCUGAACGAAGUUCAAUGUGGAGACAGUGGUAUAUCCGAGGAAAGCUUCUACGAGGGUCCUCUGCUCAAACUCCUCUUCUCGCACGUCAAGCAGAUGAAUACGCAGGUGUACGAACUGAAUCUUGCCGUCAUAGCUAUUCUGUCCAAGCUGGCCCUCUUUCCUCAUCCAUACUUGCAUGAGAUUCUGUUGAGUCCGGAAAUUCCAGUGGCCCCUGGAGCCACUACGCUAUGGUCUGUGAUGCAGUUCCUUGCCCGGCAACUGCUAACCGAAAUUCCACGGGUGGAGAAUUUCCAAGAGCGGAUCAACGAAACGGGAAAGCGUCUGCUCUCGAAUCCACCACUCUACCACAAGGAUUGCGAACAUGAUCCAUCUCCAGCGCAGGAAGAGGAAGCGGAAAUCAACGAUCCCUUGUUUGAGUCUAUCGUUGUGUUGGAAGAGUUCUGCAAGGAGCUGGCGGCGAUUGCCUUCGUCAAGUACCACCAUGCCACGGAAUAGAUUAAGAGCCGCAUGAGGCCGACAGGAAUGUGCAUUGGAUAAAUAAACGACAUAGUUUAGCUAAAUUUUAAUUUUUAUUCCCUAAAAUAAAAUUUUAUUCGUGUUGAGCUCGCAUCUAGCCUAAAUUUUUACCCAACCCUGCAAUUUGGUUUAAAUACUGUAAAGUUUUGCUCUACGAAGAUGCAUUCGUACUACAAAAUAUUGUUCGUAAGAUAUUUGAAGUGAUAUAAAUAUAAACAUCUAGUCGCAUA